AUGUCAGAGGCUCCCCGAGUUGAGCUGCCCAACACUGAUACCGAUUUCGACCACCUCAACACAAACGGUUCAACAAACGUGUCCGAAAUGGAUGCCGACAUGUCUUCACACUCAAACGGCAACUCCACCAACGACUUGCAGAACAGUGCAAUCAAGGCAAAGGACGGUAUUCUAGAGACUUCCCACGCGAUCAACGCCGCAAGUAACCACCCCAGUGUGCAGAACGCCAAGAACACCGUCAUGAACGGACCCGUUGCCCAGAAUGUCAUGGCAGAGGGCGCAAAGACUCGCGAUGAGUUCGCCGAUCUCGCAAACUCAAAGACAGUCCCUGACCACAAGGCUGCCACUGGCCAGAACCUCACGCACUACCACAGCAUGUUCUACCGUCUGUUGAGCUGGAAGAACCCCCGUGCCACCGGUAUCGCCUUUGCCGGUACCGUCGUCUUCAUCUUCGCCGCCCGAUACUUGAACCUUAUCCGGUACAUCUUCAAGGCCUCGUACAUGAUCCUUGGUCUUACCGCCGCUGCGGAAGUGGCCGGGCAGGCCACCAUCGGACGUGGCCUUACCUCGCAGUUCAGACCGCGACAGUACUUUACCAUUCCCAAGGCCUCGCUCGAGCGUAUGACAGACGACUUUGAGCAGCUCGUCAACUUCUUCGUGAUUGAAUCUCAGCGCAUUGUAUUCGCUGAGAACGUCUACGUCACCGUUACUGCCUUCUUUGCUUCCCUUCUGUCCUACUUCCUGAUCAAGUUUGUUCCCCUCUGGGGCUUGGCCUUGAUCUCGACCGUCAUCACCUUCCUCGGCCCCCUGAUCUACAUCAAGAACAAGGAUGUCAUCGACGCACAGUUGGAGAAGGGUUACAACAUUGCCAACCAGCAGGCCCAGCAGGUCAAGGGUCUUGCCAACCAGCAUGCUGGAAACGCCAUGAAGACAGUGCAGGGCUACACGCAACAAGCCACGGCAAAGGCCCAAGAGACUGUCAACCAGUACCGUGGUCGUUCCACGUCACCGGAAGUCAAGAAGGCAGACUUCCCUGCUGCCCCUAGCCACGCACCCGCUGCUGCUGAGUCGUCGGAUGAGGAAGAGGACGAGGCCGUGCCAGUCGCGCAGCCUGCCAUCUAA